GGCUGCGUUCCUGCCUGCCACCCCCGACCCGGAGGAGCUGAGCGCCCGAGGGCUGCGCCCCGCACGGGCCAGCUCGGCGCCCGCGACGCCGAGACAGCCCCCGGACUCUGCCAGGUGGAUGUUGUGCGUAGCCGGAGACAAGUUGAAGAGAGAACUCGAUGCCACCGCGACAGUGUUGGCGAACCGUCAGGAUGAAAGCGAACAGUCAAGGAAGCGGCUCAUCGAGCAGAGCCGCGAGUUCAAGAAGAACACUCCAGAGGAUUUGCGCAAGCAGGUAGCGCCACUGCUGAAGAGCUUCCAGGGGGAGAUUGAUGCACUGAGUAAAAGAAGCAAAGAAGCUGAGGCGGCCUUCUUGAAUGUCUACAAGAGACUGAUCGACGUUCCAGAUCCUGUGCCAGCUCUGGACCUCGGGCAGCAGCUGCAGCUCAAAGUGCAACGCCUGCACGACAUCGAAACAGAGAACCAGAAACUUAGGGAGACGCUCGAAGAAUACAACAAGGAAUUCGCCGAAGUGAAAAACCAAGAGGUUACGAUAAAAGCACUUAAAGAGAAAAUACGAGAAUACGAGCAGACGCUGAAGAGCCAGGCCGAGGCGAUCGCGCUCGAGAAGGAACACAAGCUGCAGAAUGAUUUUGCCGAGAAGGAGAGACAGCUGCAAGAGACUCAGAUGUCGACCACCUCGAAGCUGGAGGAAGCAGAACACAAACUUCAGACUCUGCAAACAGCCCUUGAAAAAACUCGAACAGAAUUAUUUGACCUGAAAACCAAAUACGAUGAAGAAACUACUGCAAAGGCCGACGAGAUCGAAAUGAUCAUGACCGACCUGGAAAGAGCAAACCAGAGGGCAGAGGUGGCUCAGCGAGAGGCAGAGACCUUACGGGAGCAGCUCUCCUCGGCCAACCACUCUCUCCAGCUGGCCUCCCAGAUCCAGAAGGCGCCGGAUGUGGAGCAGGCCAUAGAGGUGCUGACUCGCUCCAGCCUAGAAGUUGAGUUGGCCGCCAAGGAGAGGGAGAUCGCCCAGCUGGUGGAGGACGUGCAGAGACUCCAGGGCAGCCUCACCAAGCUGCGGGAGAACUCGGCCAGCCAGAUCUCCCAGCUGGAGCAGCAGCUGAGCGCCAAGAACAGCACGCUCAAGCAACUGGAAGAAAAGCUCAAAGGCCAGGCUGACUAUGAGGAGGUGAAGAAAGAACUGAAUAUCCUGAAGUCCAUGGAGUUCGCACCGGCUGAGGGAGCUGGGACACAGGACGCAGCCAAGCCCCUGGAGGUGCUGCUGCUGGAGAAGAGCCGCUCCCUGCAGUCAGAGAACACGGCGCUGCGCGUCUCCAACAGCGACCUGAGCGGGCGCUGUGCAGAGCUGCAGAUGCACGUCACCCAGGCCAUGGCCACGGCCACUGAGCAGAGAGAGCUGAUCGCCCGCUUAGAGCAGGACCUGAGCACCAUCCAGUCCCUCCGGCGCCCGGAUGCGGAGGGUGCUGCUGAGCAAGGGUUGGAGAAGAUCCCAGAGCCCAUCAAGGAGGCCACCGCCCUGUUCUAUGGACCCUCCCCACCAGCCAGUGGCACCCUCCCCGAGGGCCAGGUGGAUUCCCUGCUGUCCAUCAUCUCCAGCCAGAGGGAGCGCUUCCGUACCCGGAACCAGGAGCUAGAGGCUGAGAGCCGCCUGGCGCAGCACACCAUCCAAGCCCUGCAGGGCGAGCUGGACAGCCUGCGCGCCGACAACAUCAAGCUCUUCGAGAAGAUCAAGUUCCUGCAGAGCUACCCAGGCAGGGGUGGCAGCAGUGAUGACACGGAGCUGCGAUACUCGACCCAGUAUGAGGAGCGUCUGGACCCCUUCUCCUCCUUCAGCAAGCGGGAGCGGCAGAGGAAGUACCUGAGCCUGAGCCCCUGGGACAAGGCCACACUAAGCAUGGGUCGUCUGGUCCUCUCCAACAAGAUGGCCCGCACCAUCGGCUUCUUCUACACCCUCUUCCUGCAUUGCCUGGUCUUCUUGGUGCUCUACAAGCUGGCCUGGAGCGAGAGUGUGGAGAGGGACUGUGCUGCCACCUGCGCCAAGAAGUUCGCCGAUCACCUGCACAAGUUCCACGAGAAGGACAACGGGGCGGCAGCUGGUGAUUUGUGGCAGUGAUACCAGGGUCACCCCUGCAACAGUGUGGCUGCAUCCCCACCCCUGCUUGAUCAGUUGCUUCUAAUAAGUUAGGCUUCCCCUGACACCCCCCACCAACAUGGAAACUGUCCUUGUCCUUGGCCCAAUAGCUUCCAGAGGUCCCAGGUCCCCUUGGGCUCCUUAAAAGAAUGUCAGAGCCACAUCAGGGUUCCCUAGGUCCAGACAGCCCCCUAAAGCCUGGCCAGGCUGACCAAAUGCUCCACCUGCCUGGCCUGGGCUCCGCACACAGCCUGGCCUCUAGCACUGGUGGCAGAGACCCUGGCUGUGACACUCACCUGAUUUUGGCAUUGGUUAAACCAGUUUGGACUCCUUAGACCUGGGCUGUGACAUCCCCUUUUGCUCCCCUAGGAUCUCCCUCACACCCUGAACGAGAUGUCAGGUCCUUCCUAUAGGCUACUGGGCUUUGAGUCAGACCUCCCUGGUCUGCCUCUGUCACUGAUCCACCGCCCCCCCCCCCAUAGAACAUAGACAAGGUUAGAUAAGAACUAGUUUACUCAUGCCCCACCCCCAUCCCCAGAGUAUGGGACAGUUUCUGCUACCCCCUCCCUGCCCCCAGACACAAGUGAUUUCUGCUUUUUUCUUUAGCAAGAUAUUCUGGUUUCUAGAUGAGGAAGUGCCUCCAACAAGAUCCCAGGGCCCCCAGGCUCCUCAGACCCAAGAAAUAACUAGAGGGGUCCCAGUGCCUCUCAGCCAUGCAGAACUGACUGUGGGCCACCGUAGCAUGGCCACCUCUGGGGGCCACUGGCAGAUCUCCUUAGUUAGGUUUGCGUUUCACACUCAGCCUUGCAUGUUUGAAUAAACCAUAGUUGCAGCCACA